GAUCGCUCAUCUCGCUCCAUCAUAAAAUUUCCGUAGAAGCUCUGGGCUGUGAGAUUGGUGAAGAUGGAAUGGGAGACCUCGAGCUGCUGGGCUUCGGCCUCGCUCAUGGCCAUCGUUCUUCUAGGGUACCUAAGUUCUGUCUACGGCGUUCCACAGAACAACGAUGGACUCUGCGCUCUGAUAGUUCGUCCCAUGGGCUACCCUUGCACUGAGUACACAGUCCAGACUGAGGAUGGCUAUCUACUAACACUUCAACGUAUUUCAAAUGGGCGAAGUGCAUUAACUGGAUACAAUGGCCCUCCUGUUUUCCUUCAGCAUGGCCUCUUUCAGGGGGGUGACACUUGGUUUCUAAAUUCCGUCGAUGAGUCUCUCGGGUUCAUACUCGCUGAUCAUGGUUUUGAUGUGUGGGUUGGAAAUGUGCGUGGCACACGUUGGAGUCGUAAGCACGCCACUUUAUCCGAGCAUGACCGUGCAUUUUGGGAUUGGAGUUGGCAGGAUUUGGCUCAGUAUGAUUUGGCGGCUAUGUUGAGCUAUAUAAAGACUGAAACAUCUUCUAAAGUUUUAUACAUAGGCCAUUCACAGGGGACUAUUAUGGCAUUUGCUGCCUUUACCAUUCCAGAUAUUGUCAAAAUGGUUGAAGCAGCUGCUCUUCUUUGUCCAAUAUCUUAUCUAAAUCAUAUCAGUUCCAAUUUUGUUAUUAGAGCUGUUGGCAUGCAUCUAGAUCAGAUGCUUCUCUCUGUAGGCAUUCAUCAGCUAAAUCUCCGAAGCAAUAUAGGUGUUCAAAUACUGGAUUCAUUGUGUGAUGGACAUGUGGAUUGUGGCAAUCUGCUGGGCGCAAUAACAGGGGAUAAUUGUUGCUUCAAUGCAUCUCGUGUGGAGUAUUAUUUGGAAUAUGAGCCCCAUUCAACAUCAACAAAAAACCUACACCAUCUUUUCCAAAUGAUAAGAAAGGGCACAUUUGCAAAAUAUGACUUUGGCUGGUGGAAAAAUCUAAAACAUUAUCACAGUUCUCAACCCCCUGCAUUCAAUCUGGGUGAUAUCCCCGAGUCUCUCCCACUGUUGAUAGGCUAUGGAGGCAGUGAUGCAUUAGCAGACCUCACUGAUCUAAAGCGCACCAUAAAUGAACUGAAAUCCAAACCCGAACAACUUUACGUCGAGUCGUACGGCCAUAUCGACUUCAUCUUAAGCGUAAAGGCGAAAGACGAUGCUUAUCAGGAUCUGAUUAGGUUUCUUCAGUCGAGAGCAAGUUCUAGCAGCUAUUAGACUGUGUUGUUUAGCAGUAAACUUACAUGUAUAUUAAUUUAACAUGUAUUUUAUGAUGUUUAGCAGUUUGUGAGUCUGGAUGUUGCAAAAGUGUUUGUUUUAUUGUAAAUGUUAUUUGGUUUUAUAUCAAGAUAUGUUUUUGUGCUCA